GGUAUCACUUAUCAUUUCUUGGAUCUCGAGGUGUCCUUUCCACCUCUCAUAUUCAUAUCUGCAGUUGAAUCUGCAGAGACCUAGAACUAUUCUUUAUACUUUACCAUAUCUACCAUAUCUUACUGAAAACUCUAAUACCACACGAAACCCUAGAAUAUUCUUGAGUGCCGCAUCCUAUUAGCAGUUUGAACACGGAAGAAUGACAUUACCUUCGGAUUAUUAUGCCGUCCUUGGCGUACCAUCCACUGCAACUCAGCAACAGAUCCGCAAUGCCUACAAAAAAGCAGCUUUAAAAACACACCCCGACCGGGUCGCCUCUGAUUCCCCCGAGCGUGAGGAAAGAACACGUAAAUUCCAACAAAUCAACGACGCAUACUAUACCCUCUCAGAACCCUCUCGACGUCGCGACUACGACGCUGCCCGUACGUACCAUGGAUUUGGCUCUGGAGCCUCCACAGCCUCUACAUCUAUGGACGACGAUGAAGAGAUUCCCGAUCCCUCUGCUGGACCAGGUGGAUUCCCAUGGUCUAGUUUUGGCUUCUCGUCAAAGGCGAAGAAUCCAGAGGAGGAAGAGAAGUUUCAAGACGAACAAUUUGGAGAUGUCUUUGAGGAGAUGUUGAGAGAAGAGGGAAUGGCCCAGAAUAACAAUUCUCCCACUGGGAAGUUUUGGAGUAUGUUGGGUGGAUUGAGUGGAGGGGCUAUGGGCUUUAUUGUUGCAAAUUUCCCGGGAAUGUUGGCUGGAGCUGUGGCAGGAAAUAGGUUAGGUGCUGUGAGAGACGCGAAAGGGAAGAGUGUAUAUUCUGUUUUCCAGGAACUUCCUCAAAGUGACAAAGCAAGACUAUUAAGUCAGCUCGCCGCAAAGGUUUUCAGUCAUGCUGUAGGUUCAUGAAUUACGAUUUGAUACGAAUUUGAAGAGAUAUCUUUUGCUUUGAACUUAUUGACAAUGGAGCUGGCGUUGAAGGAUCCUAGGGUUAGGGUAUUGGGGGUAUUGGGUAUAGUUGAUCCAAUACAGCAGGCGAUUAAGAGGUUUAUACGAUGGUCGGGCAGCGUGAACAGGUCAAAUUAUGUAUGUAGAUAUCCAGUAAAGCAAUAAAAGAAGCUAAAUUUUCUAUAUUUAUGAGGUGAAUCA